UCUGACAGUCUGAACAGAGGCGGGCUUUUAUUCUCCUUGGUGCUACAACCAUAGAGAGAGAGAUACACUCGCUCGUCCACUGUGGCGGGCAGAUGUAGAGCGAGCAAGGGAGCGGGAUCGAGAGAGAGGGGAACAGACAGAUGAGAGUAGCGCAGCGUGAGGAGGGGGUGUCCAAACACAUCCGUCUGCACGAGGACGUGCUGACCUUUGAUGAGUCUCUGACCCAACAAUCAUCUGUUGACUUUCUGCGUUCGAUAUGAAGAAAAAGGAUUUUUGGCCAUAGUGGAUAUUAUAUAUGGUGUUGAAGCACAAGUUUACCAUGGACUAUACCACGAUUAUAUGGACUGGUUGUACUUAUUUCCAUAUUAAUUUUUCGAUUUUGCUCAUCCUCAGCUGUGGGAAAAAUGUUGGGAAAACCGUCACAUAUUAAGGAACAUCUCAUGUCGAUAGUAAGUUAAACGUAAUGAACCAGAUUAUGGAGUUCUUUUUAAUUUUUCUGUGGGAACUAUAUGAAAUUAUUCUUUGGACUGCACCACAUGGGCUCUGCUGGCUGCCCUUGACUGCGAAAAGGACUGUAAACCUGUGUGUUUGAAGGUUUGUGUAUGCCCACGGACACAGUGGAAGUGAGAGGGGAAGACAUUUUUGGACCAUUCUUUCUUUACAAUGAGAGUUCCAGCCGCCGUGGCUGCAGUUUCCCGUCUUUGUCCUCUGGUGAUCUUCCUAUGUGUUGUCUCCCAGAGUUGUUAUGGGACCCGGGUCGAUCUGAGCCCUCACACUAACCCCGACCCCACCCUGUACCCUAAUCUGUGGCUCAAGUCACCGCCUGAAUCAACCUUGCUCCCAAGCUCAAGUCCUGAAAAACAUAUGUUUCCGCUGAAGCCCAGCCAGCUCUCAAGCUCCAGCCAAAGCUCCUGGAGCAAGCCUCAGUCAAAGCCUAUCAUAUCCUAUCUUACCGACAACAAUAGGUCCAACACAUACUCUCCAUUAACAGUCUCCCAGACCACAUCAAGCUCAAACACUAGACUCAAGCUACAGCGUGCGCCCAGACAAAGUUCUUAUUCAAGGCAGGGGUUGGGAUUCAAACCAAAUUCUAAUCAGGCGGUAAGAAAUAGCUCAAACAAUCCAAACCAAUCUUCAAAAGUCAACCCCAAAACUAAUCCAAAACCAAGGAUCGGAUCACUGUUGCAGUCAAAGCCCAAGGCAUUCCCCAUCUCUAAGGCAGCGACUGUGACCAACUCUGAUUCGGCCCCCAGCACUAAAUUAUCUUCACCUUCCAGUUCUAAUCAAAAGUCCAACCCAUCUGGUACUAUGAAUCCCAGCACAUACUACAAUGCCAGCCCGGCGUCACUAUCAAAUCCCAAAUCCCAUUCCAAACUCAGACCAUCUUCACAAACAAUUACAAAUGCCAAACCCCAUUCCAAGAUCUCCAACCCAACCUCCAGAGUGUCCAACAGAGCACAGAGGAACCAGACUAAGUUGCUUGACACAGACAAGGAUUCCCACCAUCGCCCCAAGAGAGGCUGGAUCUGGAACCAGUUCUUUGUUUUGGAGGAACACAUCGGACCUGAACUUCAGUACGUUGGAAAGCUCCACUCCAACUCUGACAAGGGUGACGGCUCUGUGAGAUACAUCCUGUCUGGAGAGGGGGCCGGGUCCAUCUUCAUCAUUGACGAGACAUCGGGUGACAUCCAUGCAGCCAAGAGCCUGGACCGAGAGAGGAAGUCCCAGUAUGUCCUACACGCAAGGGCCAUUGAUUGGCGGACGAACCGCUCGCUGGAAGCAGAGUCGGAGUUCAUCAUCAAGGUUCAGGAUGUCAAUGACAACGCUCCAACCUUCCCUGACGGACCAUUCUCAGCAACUGUGCCUGAGAUGUCUGAUAUUGGAACAUCCGUUUUCCAGGUGACAGCCUCAGACGCAGAUGACCCGACCUAUGGGAACAGUGCCAAGAUAGUUUACAGCAUCCUGGAGGGACAGCCCUACUUCUCUGUCGACCCAAAGACAGGUAUCAUCCGCACAGCGAUGUCCAACAUGGACCGUGAGACCAGAAACCACUAUGCCGUACUGAUCCAGGCCAAAGACAUGGCGGGCUCUGUCGGAGGACUGUCUGGAUCCACUACUGUCAACAUCACCCUCACUGACGUCAAUGACAACCCUCCAAAGUUUUCACAGAAGAGCUACCAGCUGUACGUACCAGAGCUGGCUCCAGUGGGGAAGGCAGUGGGUCGGAUCAGAGCCAACGAUGAGGAUGAAGGGCAGAACGCUGAGAUGACCUACAGCAUCUCUAAUGCCGAUGCAGCUGCCAUCUUCAGCAUCACCACAGACGCUGAAAGCAGGGAGGGAAUCAUUUCUCUUAAGCAGCCUCUGAACUAUGAGAAGAGGAAAGUUCACACACUCAACAUCGAAGCCUCCAACACUCACCCAGACUCCCGCUUCUCCCACCUGGGGCCAUUUAAGGAUUCCACAUCACUGCGAGUCAUUGUGGGUGACGUGGACGAGCCUCCUGUCUUCUCCAUGGACUACUACAUUAUGGACGUGUAUGAAAACUCCCCUGCCAGCACCCAGGUUGGCACUGUAACUGCAGUCGACCCUGAUAGCACCAACAGUGCCGUAAGGUACUUCAUAGAAAAUGAAGAGGAAAGACCUUUGUAUUUCACCAUUGGGGUGAACAGCGGAAUCAUCAGAACUACUCAGGUUCUGGACCGGGAGGAUACGGCGUGGCACAACAUUACUGUGAUGGCUGCAGAGGUUGAUAACCCUCGCAUGGUGAGCCAUGUCCCAGUCACCAUCCAGGUCCUGGAUGUUAAUGACAACAUUCCAGCCAUCUCUGGGGGCAACGAGGCCGUGGUAGUGUGUGAGAGCACCAAAAAUGGACAGGUGAUUCAAACGAUCAGAGCAGCAGAUCUGGACAACUUUGCAAAUGGAAAGUUUUCCUUCUAUGUGCCUGCUGACCAUCCAGCCAAUCCAAAUUUUACCUUGAAGGACAAUGGAGAUAACACUGCCAGUAUAGUAUCUCGUCGGAGUGAGGGCUUCAGCCAGGACAGAGACCAGGAGUUCUUCAGCCUGGUACUGGUGGUGGCUGAUGGUGGAGAGCCUCCUCUGAGCAGCACUGCUACACUCUCCCUCAGGGUCUGUGUUUGUCAGAGGAACACCAGGGGGCGUAACAGCAACAGCGUCUGUCAGGCCCAGGCCUUCCUGUCUACAGCUGGCCUCAGCACUGGAGCUUUUGUGGCCAUAUUGCUGUGUAUUGUAAUAUUGUUAGCUAUUGUGAUGCUGUUCACCCAGCUCCGAAACAAGAAAGCAAGCAAAGAGCCUUUGAUUCUCUCUGAAGAGGACAUCAGAGAAAAUGUGGUGACCUAUGACGAUGAGGGAGGCGGGGAGGAGGACACAGAGGCCUUCGACAUCGCUGCACUCCGAAAUCCCAAAGCCUCGGAGCCCCGCAGGAAGUACCACACCUACCUCGGCUGUGGACCGAGCCUGUAUGGAGAGGAGGAUGAGGCAGAGGAUGAUGAAGAGGGGAUCGUGGUGGUGAGGAGGAGGAGGAAAGCGCAGGAGGUGGAUUAUGGGAACUACAGCCCAGAGUCGGAACCUGCCUGGUUUGUCAUUGACUGCAUUCCUCGAGAGGUCAGCCAGUCAGCGCCUUCGCUUCUGCUAGAUGGUCACGACAUCAUCCAUCAGAUCAUUCAGCAGAAGGUGGCCCAGGCAGACUCUGACGCACGCGGCCCGCCGUAUGACUCACUCCAAACGUACGCUUAUGAAGGCCGCGGCUCCUUGGCUGGGUCGGUCAGCUCUUUGGGCCUGACUGCGGCAGCGUCCGAACUUAACUAUGCUGACUUGGAAGACUGGGAGCCAAAGAGGCAAAUUCUGGAACGAAUUGUCGAACAGCAGCCGGCUACAAGCCAAGCUAGCCCUGACACCUAAGGAUUUUCAUUUUUUUUCACCCUUUUCCAGAUUUGCCGAGACAGAUUGCUUUCCACUCGUGCCAUUUAAACCUUGGUGCGAGGAUGUAAAACUACUCCUGCAAAAAGCUGGCAAUUAGGAGCUGUGAUAUCAUGAGGAUAAGAAAAGCCAUUCACGUGUAACAGGAGAGAACACACAGGCUGGAGGGAGAUUUGGGGGGAAGCAUCCUAGCUCAAGUACUUUUCUGAAAUGAGAGACAAAAUGCAAACUGAGAGAAGACCAGGCUUUUUAAAUGACAAUUUGCAUACGGUUUUCGCCCUCCGCUCUGCUUGUUAGGUGUGUUAAGGGAAAAAGUACACCUAGUGCUAGGCCCAAAAGACUCUGGUCUUGAUCUUCACUGUUACUGAAGCUCCAGUCAUUUAAAAACCCUACCACAACUACCCGAGAGAUUAAUACCAAAUUGGCUUGGAGCAUAAUGACCCAGGGUUUCGAGGUGCACGUCAUCCACUGGCUUGAAUAAUGGGAACAUGGAGUUUUACGCAUUUGUUUUUCAUAAAGACAACAUUAGGCUGACUAUUAGUGGUAUCUGUAAAGAAAGAUUGAGAGACAGCUGUUGGCCCCACUGGAAGUUGCAGAUGUUCUGAAGUCCAAAUAAAGCUACAGUCCUUCCCCUGAAAACUGUAUUCUUAUUAUUAUUCAUUCUGUACCGUCAUGGAAUCUGAAAUAUGUUUGCGUGCACACAGUGACAGCAGAACCUGAGGUGUGGAUUAGUGAGGGUUAGCUAAUCCAAAUUCCAGUUUCAUGGUCAUGCUCUGAUCCUAAUACUAAGCUAAAUAGCUAGGAAUGUAAGUUGAUCUCUCCUGACCAUUUUUCCACUGCAGGAACAACCUAUAGCCUAAGCAAUUAUAAAUUGUUGCAAAAUGUGUUCUUUGAGAUUUAAGUAAAGAUUUUGAUAUAUUAUCAACCACAGAACUCUCAUCCACUGUCCUAAAAACCGUGUUGAUCUUCUGCAGCUGUUCCUAACAGAAAUUCCAGCGGGCACGGCUUUAUGGCGUGAGGUCUGCAUCGCAGUUGGGCUCCGUGAUCCGCACGUCUUCAAAUCCCACCAAGAGCGUUUCAUAAGCAGAGCGUCUUUUGCGUGUGUUGCCUUCCUGGCGUUGUUUACUUGUGUGUUUUGUCAUUAAAAAGGAUACAAAACAGUGCGUUUCUCCACUUCAAAUCUUUUCUGAUUGAUUGCAUGCAGUAUUUUAUUUAUAUUCUAACUGGAUUCUCUAUACCAUUUCGUUGUCUGACUGUCCGUCAUAUGUCGACAGUCUUCUCGCCAAUUCGGCAUCAACAUAAUCCAUGAAGAUAAACUGUAUUUCUGUUUUUUUUUUAAAGGUCUUACCUCGACAGUAUCUGCACAUGGUAUGGUAAAGGUUAGGAGAGAUCAUGAUUAUGGCAAAUAAACUAUGGUUAGGUAUAUAUGGUUAGGCAACUAACACUCACAGUUACCAAAAGAUUGUGACUAUCAUUAAUAAAAAGUCAAAUGUGAAUUGAAGGUAGAGGCCUGCGUGGGGAUGUUUUGUUAUUGGAUUUUGUCUGUGGAUUUCUGACCACUACGGUCUUGCUGUGUGUUUGUUCCGCCCUCUCAAGCAUUCUGAUCAUUCAUUCCUGCACAAUAGAGACUUUGUGUAGUCUCCUGUCCUACAGGUGAAAAGAUGUUAUUUUCAGUAACAACUGAUAAAUGCCAGACUUGCCUUGCUUUGCUGUUAAUUUUCCUCUUAACUUCUACAUUCAACAUUUGUUGACUCUGUCUCCAUCCUUCUGAUGGACAGGAUGAAACCUGUUUUUUUCUGCCUGCAGCAAAGUCAAAACUGCCCACUCCUGUGAGAUUUGCGUUGGGUCCCAAUCCCAGUGCAGCUAUCUAACUGAAGGACUGUGAACUCCAGUCUCUUGCAUGACAGUCAGACACUCUCCACACUGUCCAAAUUGUUACAUAAAGUGCACGCUGGCAUUGGACAUAAAGCAAGUUAAGUGAGCAUUUGUCUAAUAUGAACAUAAAUCGUAGGGAUACUGCGCACAUCCUCUACCCAAACACUAAUUAGGCCCUAGACAUACUGUAUCGGUUUGUCCAACACACACUGGUUUUAGAGAUGCAGUAAUGAAAUGGUGGUUAUUGUUUUUUGUUUGUUGUAGUCACUUAACAAUAAAUCUACUUAACCAAUCACGAUCAA